AUGUUCAACAACGCAGAGAUACGCAGCAUUAGAAAUGCGAAUCGUUUCAAGUCGCACAUGCAGAGCGAUAGUCUUGUCGACUUCAAUAAGCAGUUGGAGGAUACCAGGAUCACACCUCGGAAGUCUUCCAUGGCAAAUCUUCUACGCCCUUGCAAGCACGAAGAGAGCGACGACUUGGGCAACAAGAACCAUUCUACAGACCUACGGAAAGAUCAAAUUUUGAGUGACUCGGCCGUCAUUCACGACCCAGCCAUUAUUGACAUUGGUUUCCGGGAUACCAAGCCAACAGACAGCGGUUCCGAACACAACCAAGAUGAUCGCUUUCAGGGGCUUCUGCGAAAACUCCAGCGACCUUUGCAAGGCGAACAGUCAAAAUACCAUGUCUCCAGAAAUGGCGAUGCUCGCCCAAGACAAGUUUCCGAGGAUUCUGGUAUUGAUACCAGAGGACCGGCCAAGGCUCGAACUCUUAACCCACUAGCAAGGGAGUUUUCCACCUUCGCUCCUCAGACAUCUUCAGUCACACCAGACAAGGCUGAAGAGAGGGACAGGAAAACCAUCAUCUCUCUUCUGGAGCAACUAGUAAGCCAAACCUCCAGCAAAGCUCCUGGACAAGAUCCAAACGAGAUUAUUGCCAACACAAUCGCAAAGUUUGGCAUCCAAGGAACGCAGGCUUUUCCACCAUUCAAUUUGCCCCCCUCCGUGCCGAGACCAACAUUGCAUCCGUCACUUUUCCAACAACCUCCUCCAGUAUCUCUUAGUCCAGCUUUUGGUCCACAGAACAACAUUGUCAGACCUCCACUAGACUUCUCAACUCAAAUACCUGCCGCACCAUUCGAUCCAUCUGCUCCAGGUUUUACACCAUCAUUUACAAACAAAGCAACAGCCCCCCCUCUGCUACCCCUCAGGUCACCGUUCAAUCCGACUCGGUCUACUCUACCCCAAUCUGCUCAUGGUUCUGAAACAAGCCGCGUUGCUCCAGCCAUUGGUUUUGUCCGACAGAUGGCCAACAGUCCGGUAGUGCCUAUUGUCGGGCCUUGGACAACUCCGUUUCCGACAACACAAGCACCGGUACCUCAUCACAGGUCUUUAUUGAACGCAAAUGCUCCUGUGUUCGGUCCUGACAUGGCGCCCAGAUGUGCUGCCAAGCCGCGAGUCCCUGAUACAGUUGGCCAGCAGAGUUACGAGGCAUACAUCGAGUGGCGCAAGGCAAACGAGCCCGGCUAUGCUCUUGAAUGCAAGGCGAGACAGGCCAAGAGGGCACUUCGGCCUAUUCCUGGCUGA